CGGGAUACGCAUUGUAGUCUGUGACACAGUUGCCCGAGCACAAUCCUUGCUCAGUUGGAUGACAACUGAUUUGAGCCACUUGGUAGUUAUGCGAAGCGAUCUCGGUGAGCUGAAAAGAUUGAGGUCUGAAAUUCCAGGAACACUGCAGGUGUGGAGUUUCAACGAGUUGAUGAACCUUGGAUUUGAGUAUCCGUUGGAGGAACAUGCCCCGGAUUUGGAUUCCCCAUUCCUCAUUUGCUACACCAGUGGAAGCACAGGAUUACCAAAGGGGGUCGUUCAUACACAACGUACGUUCAUGACGGCUGUAAAUUUCAUCGAAGAUUAUUUGCCUAAAAGGACAAAAGAUGGUUCAAGGCAAACCCACCUAUGCUAUCUGCCACUGUCGCAUAUCAUGGAACAGCUGCUUCUGUCCCGACAACUGCUCUAUGGUUCUCGCAUCGUUUUUCUGACGACUGAUGUUUCCGGAUUACAACAAGAUAUCCAGUACUACCGUCCUACUGUUUUCUGCGGAGUACCGCGCAUAUUUUCACGCAUAUAUACGGACUAUUUGCAACAUUUUCAUAACAAAAAAUUAGCUUCACUGUUGCUGAGCUUCGCAAUCUAUAUGAAAUUACGAGAGCAAAAGAAGGAUAUCUAUAACCAAAGCGGUUGGCUAGAUCGCAAAUUUUUCGCACCCGUCCGGGAACGCUUUGGUGGUCGUGUCGAAAUGGUCAUCUGUGGAAGUGCGCCUCUGUCGUCGAAAGUUAUCGGGUUUAUAAAGGCUAGUUUCUCUUGUCCGGUAUUAGAAGGUUAUGGUACUACGGAGACCGCAGGAGUGGUUUCUAUUACUAUACCCGCUGAUCCACUUACUGGUCACGCAGGUUCGAUUGUCCGAGGUGUCCUCGUCCGACUCACGGACGUUCAAUCCAUGGAUAUUAAAGUAGCAAGGGACAAGAUGGGAGAGGUAUGCGUCAAGUCCGGAGGGUGUACAUCCGGUUAUUACAGAGAUGAAGAGAGCACAAAAGAGCUCUUUAACGAGGACGGAUACGUACGCACGGGGGACAUUGGUCGUUGGACCGCAAGCGGAGCGCUACAGAUAGUCGAUCGCUGUAAAAAUCUGUUCAAAUUAUCUCAAGGUGAAUACGUAGCCCCCGAGAAAGUGGAACGUGUGUAUGCGCUUUCACCGCUGGUGAUAAAUAUUUUUGUUGACGGGAAUCCAUCCAGUUCUUUUGCGGUCGCCAUUGUGGUACCUGAUUGCAAGCAAGUGUGGCAACGGUUUUCUGACAAACUACUGCCCGUUCUCAAAGUUACUGACCGCAUGCGAAAGGUUCUGAACAGUUCUUCAAUCCCCGUCUCAGACAAAGAAUUGUGCAAAAGUAGCUUAGUGGCGGAACUUAUCCUUCGUGAGCUUGUUUCCCUUGGUAAAAGUGCUGGACUCACUGGAUUUGAGCAGGUUAAGGCUAUACACCUUUGCCCCGAACCAUUUACAGUCGCCAACGGCCUGCUCACACCAACAAUGAAAGCGUCCCGAGCGCAUAUCAGGAGACAUUAUGCUGCGGCGAUUGAUGAAUUAUAUCGAAAAGCGAACCUUUAGCUAGCUGCCUUUGUAAACGUUAUACCCAUCCUGUCCAUUCACCAAACAAUGUACGCUCAUUUUUUCUAACAAGCACAGUUCUCUUUCAAUAGCCCUGCAUCCAUGUUUGAUCACUAGCUCCAAUUUAUUGGCUUUCAAGCCCUGUCAAUCAUCCAUCAUUUUCCUCUUUUGUUCCCUGGUUCAGCAACGAAAUCAGUGAAUGCUGGCACACGUUUUAUUUCUUAUUAGCAAUUUAUUGUUAAGUUUUACUGUCACCUUCACAUCGUUUGGCACCGCAUCAUAGCAUUUCUCGUUCAAUUUUACUUAACUGAGUGGCA